AUGGGGCGUCACAAGUUAGAGUUUGCUGUUGGUGACCAAAUUUUCUUGAAAGUGUCGCCAAUGAAGGUAGUGAUGCAGUUUGGUAGAAAGGGUAAGCUUAGCCCUCAUUUUAUUGGCCCUUGUGAGAUUGUUAGGAGAAUUGGGAGAGUGACUUAUGGGUUGAAGUUAUCAUCUGAGAUGGCCAUGGUGCAUCCUGUGUUUCACUUUUCGAUGUUGAGGUUGUAUAAUCCUGCUCCUUCUCAUGUCUUAUCUCAUGAAGAGAUUGAAGUCAAUGAAGGGUUGUCUUAUGAAGAAGAACAUGUACAAAUCUUAGAUCGGCAAGUUAGAAGGAUGAGGACGAAAGAUAUAGCUUCGGUGAAAGUCCUGUGGCGAAAUCAUAAUACUGAAGAAGAGAUACCAUCACCUAUUUCCCAUUCCAAGUAUGUGUUGAACCUUUUAGUUAUUGGGACUUUGUGA